UGCAAGUUUUGAACGAAUAGUCCUUCAAAUACGGGUAAAACUAGCCACAAAAUUUUUCAGGACCAAGUUUUUUAACUAUACAAAAAAAAAAAUAUAUGUGAAAAAUCGAAAUUUUUAUUUGCAACUUAAAAGAACGAAAAUACCCACAAAGAACUUUAAAUCACAUAAAACUAGCCACAAAAUUAUAUCAUAUGCGCAAAGAAACAAGAGAGGGAAGAGAAGAGAGACAAAAAGAAAAGAUCAAAACUUUUUUUUCAAAAGAAGCAAAGCAACUAUCUGAAUCUGAAGAUGGGGAAGAAGAACUGUGAGCUAUGUGACGGUGUAGCGAGGAUGUUCUGCGAGUCAGACCAGGCGAGCUUAUGCUGGAACUGCGACGGAAAGGUUCACGGAGCUAACUUUCUGGUGGCUAAGCACACGCGCUGUCUUCUUUGCAGCGUGUGUCAAUCUCCGACGCCUUGGAAAGCCUCGGGUCUUCGUUUCGGUCCAACGGUUUCAGUAUGCGAGUCCUGUCUAGCUCGUAAGAACAAGACUCUGAGUCUGAAGAAAGAGAUUAGUAGUAAUGAUAAUCAUAAUGAUGAUGAUGAUUGUGAGGAAGGUGAAGAAGAAGAAGCGGAGAAUCAGGUGGUGCCAGGGGGUGUGGCUCCGGUGAUGAGUUCAUCGUCUUCCGUUAGCAGCGGAGAGGAAAGUGUCUCUGGCGAUGGAGGUCUGGUGGUUAAAAGAACGCGAGGGGGUCUGGAUCUUGACUGCUUCGAUGGCUGUGAUACGUCAUCGACGUCAUCAUCGUCUACUCUGGUUUUAAUAACCGCUAAGAAAAGGAGAUAUCUCAGCCGUUGAUUCUCUGCUUAGUUCAUAUUAGAUUAAUCUUUGCCGUUCAUUGCCAACAAUAUCUCUUUUAGUGAGUUGAGUUAGAGUAUGUUUAAUGGGGGUUCUUGGACCAUGAUUAAUCCGAAAUUUGGAGUUUUUAGCUUCGGUUAAAAACUGUUUCUUAGCUUUUAACCAAGAAAAGCUAAGAACCGUCUCUUAAAUAAGAGAUAUAAGAGAUGGUUCUAAGCCGAAAAGUGUAAAAAACAAAAAAAAAAUAUUAAAUUAUGAGUUAAAAAUCCAAGAAUCCGGGUUAAUCAUGCUUUUAUGGAUAUUUAAGAGCCGGUUCUUUUCUUUUUUAGUUAAAAAAUAAGAGAAAGUUUCUUAUAUUCUGCUAAGAACUCCAUCAUAAGAACCUCCCAUUAAUCAUGCUCCUAGUUCCUUUCAUGCUUAAUUUGCUUACAUGUUAGGACAGUCAAUGUAUUCGUUCUGCUUAGAAUGUUUUUUUAUUAUUUUUGUAUCUAUAAACUCACUGAUGCUUUGUUUUGCCUUCAAAACAGCGUUAUGUUUCUUAUUAUAAGUUUCUUAUGAAUCUUUGGUUUUUCUGGU